AAGAUCAAAGAAACAAGACUGGUAAAAAAUGGACAGUGGUUAUCAAUCCAACAAAGAUAAUGACAGCAAAUACAACUAUGCAAUGACUCACGACACAAGAGGCAUUGCUCUCAUUAUCGGCAACGAAAGCUUCAAAGACUCAAAUGUGGCAGACAGGUCUGGCAAUUCCAAAGAUCUUGCCAAUCUGAAAGCAUUAUUCAUAAUGCUGAAAUUCUCAGUAAGACCCCAUACAAAUCUGACUGUGAAGAAAAUGAAGGAACUAAUCGAAGAAGUUGCCUCGGAGGACCAUUCAAAAUACGAUUGUUUCGUCCUGGUGUUGAUGAGCCAUGGUGGGCAAGAGUUUAUCUAUGGAGUUGAUGGCGUGAUCAACCUCAAAGAACUUCUCUUGCCUUUAAACGGAAAUAAAUGCAAAACUUUGAUUGGCAAGCCAAAACUUUUCUUCAUCCAGGCCUGCAGAGGAACGGAAAUAGAUGAGGGAGUUGAAUACAAGGCAAAAUUUGAAACGGAUGCUGAUGAGGUUGAGGAAAGAAUCAUGAAAAUUCCGAAAGAGGCAGAUUACCUGUACAGCUAUGCAUGUGCAGAUGGGUAUGUAUCGUUCAGGAAUGCGAACGGUGCUUGGUACGUGCAAGCGUUGUGCGAGGUCUUCCAGAACUACAGCCACAAAUAUGAUAUUCUAACUAUGCUGACGCUUGUGAGCUGCAAAAUUAAGGAUUUUGAAUCAAACAUGACAAACGCGGCCUACAAUAAAAAGAAACAAAUCCCUACCUUCAUCUCCAUGCUCACCAAACGUCUUUAUUUCUGUUAG